CCCAUCUGUUAUAUGCCGCCCCACCCAUGAACCUUUCGCCAUGGCCGCCUCCUUGGCCAUGCCCGCAUGGCAGCCAUGGUUGGGAUCGUCACCUCCCUUGGACGGGGUGGUAUGACCACGGCCAGUGCGAUGGAGGCGAGGGGGUUUGUGGUGGUAUCAGCCACGACGGUGGAGGCGGUGACGGAGUUCUAGGAGGAGAGUUACGCGAGUUGCGGCGGUGGAGGCGGCGGCGGACAUUGAGCCUCGUCACCACGACCCCUCUAUCGUCGGUUCUUCCUCUCUCCCUAAUCCCUUCUCAAUCCAACCAACCAAUUUGGGAGAGCAGCUUCCGCACAAGCUUCCACUGGCAUCUGAAUGCGGCUACAUAAGGAAGCUGGUGUUAGGGGCCAAUGGGUCCAGGGUGACCCACCUCGAGAUCACGGGCAUGCCUGGCGACGCCAAGGCGUUUGACCUCGUCAUCAAGUUUUGCUACGGCAUCAACUUCGAGAUCACCACCGACAAUGUCUCCAUGCUGCGCUGCGCCGCCGAGCACCUGGAGAUGACCGAGGAGUGCAAGCCCGGGAACCUCAUUGGCAGGACCGAGGCUUACCUGGAGGUGGUGGCGCUGGCGAGCCUCGAGGACGCGGUCACCGCGCUCCGCAAGGCCAGGACCGUGGAGCUCCUCCCGACGUCCGACAAGGUGCAUCGAUGCCAUAGCGACCAUGACCUGCGGCGUCGGCAGUCAUGAGGUAUUGGACGGUGGCUACGAUAGUGUGGGCGUGGCGCCCAACCCCGUGGAUGACUGGUGGGCCAACGAGCUGGAUGGUGGGAGUU